ACCCCCUCAAAUGCAGCUCUGCACGUAUUGAAGCCCUGGAAAACCACGCCAGUCAUUUUUGUUUUGAUAAGGAUAAAAAAGAGCGUGGCCUGAGAAAAUUUGCACAAAUAACACAAAAAGCGCCACUAACAAUUGCAAAAACGUUGCAAAGUGUGUGGAAUGUUGUGCGGCGAAAAGUGUACACAAUAUUGAGCGCCAGAGCGCCUACGUGGAACGCAACGUGUGGCCGCUGGCAAAGCAAAAGCAGCAGCCGCGGCCGAAAGCAGCAGCAGCAAAGCAGAGCAGACAUCUAAAAUAACAAACCGACGGGGUGCUCGUGCAAAUGGCUGAAACUUUUCGAACACUACAAUUGUAUAACGUUACCUUCGUGAGCCGACAAUAAAUGAAUGCAAAAGCCACUGUGUGCACUGCAUAAAUUCAUAAUAUCUCGAAUACCUCCAAAAAGGGCGCAACUCAAAUAUCAAUAGAAAAAAAAACUAAGAAAAAGAAAAAAACGAAACGAAAAAAAUAGCACUCGGCCAGCGACAAUGCAUUUGAACCAUGCGACGGCCGCAACAGCUGCGAUGGCCAACUAUCAGCACUAUGCGCCCGCCCAGCUAGCCACGCACGGCGUGGGCGGUGGCGGAGGUGGUGGUGCAGGUGGUGGCAGCGGCGGAGGUGGUGCAGGUGGCAGUGGCCUCAACCCCAACAGCCUGCAACAACCGACGACCAUAGCAAGUCUGCAGCAGAGUCCGUUUGCGCUGCAUCAACUGACCGCUGUCCAGGCCAUACAACAUCCCACCCAUCAGGCGAUGCUGCAUCCACAGCAUCCGCUGGUGCACCUGCUCGACAUCUCCACAACGACCACCAAUAGCGGGGGCAAUCAUACGCCCAUAUCGCCGAUGAAACAAGAGGUGCAGAGUGUGGUCAGUGAGGAUGAGUCGGUGGUGGAUGAUCCGCGCAAGAAAAAACAAUGCCACGUGUGCAAGAACAAGUUCCGGCAAUUGACCACGUUACGCAACCACAUGAAAAUCCACACCGAUGAGCGUCCCUACAAGUGCAAACACUGUGACAAGGCGUUCCGGCAAAUCUCGACGCUAACGAAUCAUGUGAAGAUCCAUACCGGCGAGAAACCGUUCACGUGCAACAUAUGCGCCAAGGACUUUCGACAGCAGAGCACGCUCAUCAAUCACAUCAAAACGCAUAAGGCGGCUGAGUCAAGCACGCCAACAUCGCUACUCAACUAUCAGCCGCCGUCGUCGUCGGGCAAGCACAGCCGCAAAUCGCAGAAUCAGAUGCACAACGCCUAUCAGCAGCAGCAUCAACAGCAGCGUGUACAAAUCUCAAAGACUCUUUACACCGGCACCUAUAGCUCACCACAGGCGGAUGAGCUGGUGAAACCGUAUCAGUGCAGUGUGUGCAAACGGCGCUUCCCACAGUUGAGUACGCUGCAUAAUCACGAGCGGACGCACAUCGAUCCCAAGCCGUAUAAAUGCGAGACAUGCGACAAGUCCUUUAGCCAACUGGCAACGUUGGCCAAUCACAAAAAGAUCCAUACGGGCGAUAAGCCAUACACGUGUUCCUAUUGCCACAUGCAGUUCCGGCAGCAGAGCACGCUCACCAAUCACAUGAAGACGCACACACAUCUCGCCAGCCAGCCAGCUACAGUCACAGCCACAGCGGAUCACUCAGCGAUGCCAGCGCCCCUUGUACCCGGCACACAGCAAUUGACGAGCGGUCUGCUGCCCAAUAACCUGCACAGCACAACACCCAACAUCCUACAGCUGGACCAUCAUCCGCUGCUGCAUUUCCUCGAUGGCAACACAACGGUUAGCUCUGUGGUUGCCAGCAAUGUGGCGGCAGCGGCGGCAGCGAAUAACACCAAAAUCGAACACUAUCAGACGGCGCAUAGCGGACGCAUGAGUGUGGGCAACAUCAAUAUGCUGAAGGGUGAAAAUCCAGAUCGGCCAUUCGGCUGUAGUGUCUGCAGUCGAUUCUUUUCGCAGCAGAGCACACUGGUGAAUCACAUCAAGACGCAUACGGGUGAGAAGCCAUACAAAUGCAAGAUCUGUGAGGUGAAUUUCCGGCAAGUGGCCACGCUCAACAAUCACAUGAAGAUCCACACCGGAGAGAAGCCCUACAACUGUUCCUACUGUCCCAAGCAGUUCAGGCAGAAGAGCACGUUACAAAACCAUUUGAGGGUCCACACGUGUUAACGUGUCGUCACGGAGGGUCGUCAAAAUGUGGGUUGUUAACUUCCAACUGUCCAGAGAGCGUGAGCCGUAGCCCGCCCUGUCUGCCUGCCUGCCUGCCUAUAUAUCGCCAGUCAACCAGCCAUUCGAGGAAUAGUGCAAUAUGCAUUAAGCACAUAAAGUUUAUAUACACACACAGAUAUAUAUAUAUAUGUAGAGAGAAGAAAGAGAUCAGAAUACCCCGAUAUAUAUAUAGAAAUAUAUAUGUAAUACAUAUUAUGUACAGCCUGCCUGUAUCGCGCCAAGUCAUACAGCCAACUCGAGGAAUAGUGCAAUAUGCAGAUACAGAUAUAACAAAAUACGAAAUACAGUUAUAGAUCCAAGAUUCAAAUCCAAAUUCAGAUUCAGUUCGAAGCAUCAUACAUAUAUAGACCGCAUACAAUACAUAUAAUAUAUAUAUAUAUAUAUAUUUGAAUAUAUACUCAAAAGUGUUAUUUACCUGCUGUGCAGAGCGCAAUUGUAUGUAAACUAUUGUAGAGAGCUGAUCCACAUGCAUGUCCAACUGUAAAUUAAGUCUAGCCGUACUCGUAUAAAUCGUGCAUACAUAUUUGUACAAUGCAUAUAUAUAUACAAAACUGUGUAUACCACACACACAUACACAAAAGAUACAGGGUGUUUAAAACCUAUACCUAAACUAAAACUAAACUCUAUUCUAAUCCUAUGGUCGCUUUCCACACUUCUCACAUUCGCAAUGUGCGCGCAUAGUGGAAAGUGACUAAAAUACUUUUUAGCUUCUUAACUGUUGUCGUCCUUCUUCUUCCCUUGGAUCCCAAAUCCCACCUCUCUCUGUCCCCGCCCCACCCUACACCCGUUUAGUUGCAGGCCCGAGACUUUGAUUCUCAGCUUCUCGUCGUGUUAAAUGUUAAGCCGAACUUAUAUAAAAACAAAAGAAAACAAAACAAAAAGAAAAAAUGAUGAAAAACCGAAAUCUAGUUAUUGCUACUAUACUAUUGUAAUCCCCUCCUGCGUGCGCUCAGACCGUCGUCACGCCAUCCCACUAAGUGUAAGGCGUAAUCGAAAGGAAAAACAAAACAAAAAAAAAGAAAAAGGAAAACCCAGAAAAAACUAUUUAAAUAAGUGUACUCUUAGCGCAUAUUUAGCAGCAUCUUUUACUCACAUGACUACCGGACAGUUACAGAUGAUCACCAGCUGGAUCAUCCGAUCGAGGGAGAGUCAACAAUCGCAAUCGCAAAUAGCGUUAAUAAAUCCCCGAACCGGAUUGCUUAUAGAACAAACAAAAAAACAAAACGUAGAAAACGGAGAGACAAAACAAAAAAAAGAAGUCCCUAUAUUAAGUGAAACAAUUGUAAAACAGCUAAAAAAUUAUGAAAACGUGAAU